AUGGAGCAAGAUGCCCUCGGAAGAUAUCGGGUAAGUCCGUUAUCGGAAAGGCACGAUUUUAAAAAUAAUAUGAAUUCCUCAAUAUCAGUACCACCCCCACCUAUUACUAGAUUUUCCGAACCUGCAAAACUAGAAGUGAUGAAGAGGAGGGCGCGCCGCGCAUCGUGCGAGAUGACCGCCAUGCGCGCAGUUCUCCAUAAGGGACUUUCCCGCGCAGAACGAACCAAGCCGCGCAUCACCUCCGCACCAAUCAAGCUUAACUCUGCGGAUUUGUCCAGGCUACGGUUUUCGAUGCUGCCAAGGAGCGCACCGCAACCGGGCGCUGGAAUGAAGCGCAGGACAUUUCAGACCCGCAGUUUGCCGCAGAGUCUGUGUUCGGCGCACUCCUCCGCUUUGUCCACAACAAGCCGCCGGCCAAGAUCCGCAUGCAGUGUUUCGGGGGCGAUUUCUAGACAAAGAAUUACAUCUAUGCCCAUUAUAUUGAGCAAUCAAAUGCCGGAUCCUGCGCCAGUUCCUGUUCCCGUGCAUGAUACAUACACAUCACACGUUCCAGAACACGCACCUCCAGUUCUAAACAUAGUUCCAUCCACACCUAGCACCUCUACCACGUACUAUACCAGUUUCUCAGUCUCAUCUUCACCAUUUUCCACCCCAAACGCUUCAGUUUCUAGUUCAGAAAAAUGCACUCUUGGAGAACCAUUCACCCCAAGCAGUAAAACAACAUCUGCAACAUCCUCAAAUACCAGUUUGACUUCAUCUCCAGAACAAAGCUAUCAUACAGCAAAAAGCCACAUAUCCAUAGAUUCGAGCUCAGUUCACAAUUCACCAGAAUCUAUCAUUUCUUCAUUCAUCGACAGUUAUAGCUCUGAUUCCCAAAGCAGCGAUGACUCCCGGGACUCACUUAACUCUGCCGAAAUGUCUAUUUUCUCUCACAAUACUCAGAAUUCACUAACCUCAGGCAGUUCCGGCAGUUUUGUGUCCAUGGGAACGGGAACAGUCUUUAUUCAUCAUGGCAGCAAUCGUUUUCAGCGCUUUGCGUCACUUCCCGAACAAUAUAUACACAAGCCACUACCAAAACUACCCAGCAAACAGAUUCCAAUAUCCAAUUCGCCUCUUGUAGAGGAGAAAAGCAUCGUUGAAGACUUGAAUGCAGAGUGUACAAGCAUCUUUAUCGACCCAAACGAGGGUUUACACUCUGUGGAAAGCUUUGAAACUGCAUCCAAUAUACCAGAGAGGCCUAAUCGCACUUCUAAUACCUCUUACACAGAGAAAAGUGACCGAAAACACACGCGAAAAUCGUACGGUUCGAUUGGGUUCAACCCAUGCCUUUCAGAGAAGGAAAAGAGGGAUAGAAGAAGAUCACUGCAGUACCUAAGAAGGUCUCGCAUAGAUCCAUUUAUGCUAGAAGGAUACCAGGAUCACGUUUCACCACGCUUUUUCUCAUGCAUGAGUUAG